AUGACUAUUGAUGACCCAAAACCGAUCAUAAUUUUGUCUGACGAUGUAGUGAACAAGAUCGCUGCCGGCGAAGUCGUGGUUCGGCCUGUGAAUGCUGUGAAAGAGAUGAUGGAGAACUGUUUGGAUGCUGGAGCUACAGAGAUUACGGUGACAAUCAAGAACGGUGGGCUGGAUCUGAUCAAGGUAAAGGACAAUGGGAAAGGGAUCAGGCAAGAAGACUAUGUCAAUGUCUGUGAGAGGUUUGCCACUUCCAAGCUGGAGACGAUCGGAGAUCUUCAGAGAAUGGCGACUUUCGGCUUCAGAGGCGAGGCCCUGGCUUCAUUGUCGUGCAUGGCCAAGGUCCAGGUUACUUCGAAGACACAGUCAGCUACACAUGCUUGGACAUGUUCGUAUGAAAGUGAGUAUUACUACAGUAAUGCAUUGUUAAAGUUUGUGUUAUGUAGUUGGAAGAACAGUAUCUUUUACAAGAUGUCACGCUUUAUAUAAAAAUGCAGUUACUUUACAGAUUGUAAGCCAACUACAGAGUGCAAACCGGCUGCUGGUUUACUGGGUACUCAAAUUACAGUAGAAAAACUGUUUUCUUCCUAUCCUCAUCGUCGUGCGACAUUCAAGCAUCCUCAAGAUGAAGCUGUUCAAAUAAUCAGUUUGGUCUCCAAAUAUUCUGUCAACUUUCCGUAUGUUUACUUUAUUGUAUUAUAGUAUAGUAUCUCCUUGAAUUAUCAAAUUGUGAUAGUAUUUUUGAAGGUAAUUGUAAAACACGGCGUUGUUAUGUCGUUAAUAGUACAAUUUUUCCUUUCAGAAGUGUAGCGUUUUCAGUAGUCAGGCACGAUGGGAAAGGAUCGUUUCGAUCCACAGGGAACGGCGACAGGCAUGCUGUCAUCAGAAUGUGCAAUCCUACAGUAACCAAAGAACUGUUCGAUUUUACUGUAAAAGAUGACAGACUCCAGUUCGAAGCUGACAUUUGCAUGGCACAUCCAUUGUCAUCGUUCACAUCGAAAGCUAUUGCAGCACGCCAACAGAAGCAACGACUGUUUCAGAUAUUCAUCAACAACAGAAGUGUCAGUUGCAAUAAACUCAAGAGUGGCAUCGACCUCACGUUCUCUUCCAAGGACUCGUACUGUGCUUUCAUGCAUAUCUCUAUGAAAGUAUGUUGGUUUAGUUAUUAGGGGUUACUGCAGUGUGUAUAUUAUAAUAGCAGUAACAUCUAUCAUUACUGUGUUGUUAGUUAUAGGCUAAAUGUGUGUAAUAUUUAGGUUAAUCCAGCCAGAAUGGAUGUCAAUGUUCAUCCUACAAAAGAGUACGUCUACUUCUUGGACGAAACCGAGAUCAUUGAAGCGAUUCAGAAGGCAAGUGUUAUAUCGUAUUUUCUUACUUUUUCUUUUGGGUUUUCUUUCUAGGAAUAAAAUAGUAUUUAUGAUUUAUUCAAAGUCCUUGAUUAAUAUUAUUGACUUCAGAAGUUGAUGGAAGUGCUGGACAAGUUCAGCCACCGCGGAGUAAUUGAAAUGAGUAAACCUAAAAAGAACACUGAUUUGUAAGUCUGAGCUUGAAUUUCUCAAAUGAUACUUUUACAUUAACUUGCAACCCAAGACGAUUGUUUCAGAGAUCUCACAGUUCAGACUCGCAUCUCGAGUUUUGUGGAAUCAUCAAAGCCGAGCACUUCAGCCAAUCCAGUUGCCGGAACAAAGAGAAAAGCUGACACACCAGCAUUACAAUCUGACUACUUCAAGAAGAAAAUCGCACCAAAGCUGGUAAGUCAAUGAACAUUACUUCUCUAUUUUGCUGUUAGAGUAAAGGGACCGCCCACUUGGGUGGACCCUAAAGGCCCGAUCUAAAUCGGGGAGAAUAACGUGUGAACGUCUGGGACGCGGUCGCGUCCCUUUUGUACCUUUAUAUUUGUAAGUCUGAUGUUUCCCUACCUUGGGAUGUACACUUUAGGUGUAAUUAGUAAUCAAUAAACUUGAUAAUAUAAGAGAUCUGGGCCAUCUUUUAACUUUAGUUUAGUAUUAUAUAUGUUAAUUAUUGAUGAUAUAUACGUUAAGUAAGAAUGUUUUUUAAAAGUGUUUUUAGAUGGUCCGAGUUGAUGCCAGAAACCGAACUCUAGAUGAAUAUUUUGGAGAAACUGACAACGUGUCAGGGAAUGUCACCUUUUCUGGAAACAAUACCGUAAUAUCGGCCACGACCGAAGUUAACGAUACUGUCAUUACCGAAGAAGAUAUCGUAUGUUUAUUUUGACAAUUGUUUUGUAAAUUUAGUAGAGUUUUACUCAAUUUUUUAGCUGACAAGACAGAUGUGAAAGCUACUGUAUUGUUAAAAUGUGCUUCAAUAUACAGAUGGUUUAAGUGUGUUCAUAAUCUAGUUUUAGGAAAAGUCAACGCAACGUCAGAAAAGCAGACAAACCGUGAUGAAGGUAUUGCAAACCAGACUCAGCCAAGGGACCAGUGGCGACAUGAAGCAUCUGUUCAAGUAUAUGAUGCUGGUCGGCUUCAUUGACGCCAAGAGAGCCGCCUUCCAAAGCCAGAACUUGUUGUUGAUGGUCGAUUACCUGCCUCUGUUGGAAGAGUUGUUCUACCAGGUAAAAAAACGUCAUCUGAAUGCUAGUAUGUAUGUUUGUCUAGUUCUGGCAAGUAAUAUGAACCACAUUCCAGAGAUGCAUUGCCAAUAUUGGAAACCUGAACCGUCGCCGACUGAUUCUGAAUCCAGAAGAAGGCGGGAUUCCAGUGGUUGGUCUUGUCGACAAAUUCCUCGACGAUAAUCCUCAAGUUACAGUACCUGAAGGUGUAACCAGAGACUCAUUUGUGGACGGAAUGGUAGCCAAGCUUUGUGAUUCAGAAGUCAGAGAGAUGUUGUGGGAGAGCUAUGGUAUCUGCAUCGAGAUGUCGAAAGGAACCGGGCCUUGUAUGCAAAAUAUAUUGUGUUUGGUCGACGGUUACACACCCUUAUUGGCCUUUCAACUACCCAGAUUUGCAUACGAUAUUGUAUCUUGCGAUUAUACGAAAGUAAGCAAAUUCAUAUUCAGCAUGUAUGAUUAGUCUUUACUUUUGCUAUUUUUAUUUUUUAUUUUCCAGGCUCGCUUAAUUAAAACAUUUUUAGCCUCACAUCCUAAACCAUCUGAUAUCACGAGCCUUGGCCAAUCUUCACACACCUCAUCAAAUUACUCACCUCAGACAAACGGACUUCACCCGACAUCAGAAGUUGAUCAAAUGUCAGUUAUUUCCUUUGUUUAAAACCCAUAUUACCCCGCCAGAAUCCCUCCGGCCUCACAUCCAUCAGGUCAUGUCGACAAUGCAUGCCUUCAAGAUAUUCGGCCGAUGUUAA